GAAAAUCUGUUUAAUUGACGUUUAAGUACAGUUUGACCCUUGCUUAACUUUAAAUACUUUAUUCAUCAUAAGAAAUUUCUGACUUUCUGCGACCGAAGAGAUAGAAAUAACACAUACUUCCGUGAGACGUUUGACAGAUCUUCCGUCAGAUUUUCACCGACCUAUACCAUAUUAUAUAUUUAUAUAUAACCUCAAUUUUAUUAUAUUUUCAUACUAUAUAAAGAAGCCCUUUUUUACUGUUACUAUUGUCUGUUGACCACAGUAAAAUUUAGAGUAAUAUUUUUUUAUCUGUGUUAAAGAUACCUAUCUUUAUUAUCUUAAAUUAAAUGGUCUUAGAAUUGGAAAAAGUCAGCUUAAACCUCAACUUUUUUGCACUAUAACUAAACUCUUGCCUUGACCUUCUUUGACAUCAUUUCCAUAAAAACACUAAGUAAUACAAGUUUAUCUCUUUUUAUUUCAGUUUCAUUAAAAAAAAUCAAUGAUACGCGAAUUUUACGAUAGUUCUGAUGAAGAUGACAUGGAAAGUCAGUAUCAGGUAGAUCCAGAAUGUCUAGUUCUGACUCGGCCUGACCGUGACAUGCACAAUAGAUGUUGCGGAGGCAAAGCAUGGUGUAUAAAGGAUAUAUGUGGAAUCAUAUGUGCAGUAUUGACAUGGCUCUUGAUACUGUAUGCGGAGUUUGUUGUGAUGAUGGUGAUGUUGCUACCCGGUCUCUCAAGCUAUCCUCUUUAUGCAUAUGUCAACAUUUUUAUCUUCCAAAGUCUAGCAUUCCUCGCAUUCGCAUCACAUUUGAGAACUAUGUUUACCGACCCCGGUGCUGUCCCUAAAGGCAAUGCUACCAAAGAAAUGAUAAAACAGAUGAGCUUUCGCGAGGGACAAGUGAUAUUCAAAUGUACUAAGUGCUGCAGUAUCAAACCGGAACGGGCCCAUCAUUGCUCCGUGUGUCAACGCUGCAUUCGAAAAAUGGACCACCAUUGCCCAUGGGUCAAUAACUGCGUCGGUGAAAAUAACCAAAAAUAUUUUGUGUUAUUUACGUUCUACAUAGCUGCGAUCUCGAUCCACUCGCUGACUUUGUCCGUAUACCAGUUCGUGACGUGCAUUAGGCACGAGUGGCGUGAUUGUAGCGCUUAUUCUCCGCCUGCGACCGUCGUGUUACUGCUAUUUCUCAUAGCUGAAGCGCUCUUAUUCGCCAUAUUUACAGCGGUCAUGCUCGUCACGCAACUACACGCCAUAUGGAACGACGAAACUGUAAAUAUAAAACAUUUCAAUUUAUUUUCUUAGAGUGAUUAUGUAAUGACAGAAUUUUUUUUUUUAAGUAUAGCAUAUUUCGAUUUUUAGUCUAAUAGGGAAUAUGCGUCUAAAUGAAAAAAGGGUUGAAUAUAUUUUAUUACGAUCAUUAUUGGUUUAGAAUAAAUAUGUAAAUAUUUUUCAACAUUAGUUCGUUUUUGUCUUGUAAAUAAUUAUGAAAAAGUGCAAAAAAAUGAUGAUAUUAAAUAUUUAAUUUCAUCACUUGUUCGCAGACUUGACUACUUGUCAAAGUGGAUGUGACGAAAAUGUGUUGUUACAAUCUAUAUAUUAUGUCACAAAAUAAACAACAGAUUAGAAUUUAAAUGAUAUUUUAGGCUUUUAUUUCAAUUUCACCAAUUUGGUAAACUAUAUGAUUAUUAUAUAUAAAAGCAUUAUACUUAAAAAAUAGAUUUGAGUAAUUAAACAAUAAUCAAUCACUUAUAAUCCAUAUUGAUUUAAAAUCAAUAUGGAUUAUAAGUGAUGUACUUAUAUCCA